CGAAAGAUCACAAACAUAAUAAUUAGUACUAAUCCUCCUCCAGAAGCAAUGCAUAUAUACCCUUUGUGUGUGAAAAGAUAAAGUGAGAAGAAAAGGGAGAAAAUAAAGAACUCCAAGUUGGUGUUGAGCCCCUAUAUUGGCAGUAGCCUCCGCAAAAGCUUUGGGCUUUAAAUUCAGCACCGAGUAUAUGGCUUAGAUCAUUCAGCAGCACAACAUAAUAUCGAAGCUUGUUCCGUUUUCAAUUGCACUGUACUGAAUUUGCUGUUCAAGUUAAAAUGCCUGUUUUCACAUUUCUCUUCUCCACUAUACUCUGCCUGUUCCUGUUUCUCACCAGCACAAAUGGCAUUGGGCAUCAACUCAUCCUAGUAAACAACUGCAAGGAGAACAUAUGGCCUGGAAUCCUAGGCAGUGCUGGCCAGCAAACGCCAAAAGAUGGUGGCUUUCUCCUAAGCAGUGGCCAAGAAGUAGUCAUUGAUGUGCCUGAGAAGUGGUCAGGCAGAAUAUGGGGAAGGCAAUACUGCAACUUUGACUCAAAUGGGAAGGGCUCGUGUGUCACUGGAGACUGUUCCGGCCAACUGCAUUGCCAGGGAUUGGGUGGCGCGCCGCCAGCAACUGUGGUGGAAAUGACAUUGGGUUCAUCAACUUCCCCUCUGCACUUUUAUGAUGUGAGUUUAGUUGACGGCUUCAACUUGCCCGUUUCCAUGAAGCCCGUUGGAGGAGGUAUCGGGUGUGGCGUGGCGUCAUGUGAGGUCGAUUUGAACAUAUGCUGCCCUUCAGCUCUGGAGGUCAGGGUCGGAGGAAGGGUGGUGGGAUGCAAGAGCGCUUGUUUGGCAAUGCAAUCAGCUAAAUAUUGCUGCACGGGAGAGUACUCAAAUCCCAAAACUUGCAAGCCAACACUUUUUGCUCAUCUUUUCAAGGCAAUUUGUCCAAAAGCAUAUAGUUACGCCUUUGAUGACUCUUCCAGCCUCAACAAGUGCAGAGCUUCACGAUACCUCAUCACUUUCUGCCCUCCAAAAUGAAGAUAUUAUCACGUUGAACGAUCAAUUCAUCGUUUUUUCAAAGUAUUGUAUCAGCAUAACGUGCAGUAUAGCGUCACUCUGUUGUACUAGAAUUAAAAACCAUCUCCUGUAAUAGAUUUGAAGAGUAGCUCAUUGUCUACAUUCAUGUAUGACUUAGAAAGCAACUCCAAGAAUGCAUGUUCUUCCUUUUCA